AUGGAUGAUGAGACGGCUUGGGUCCAGGCCGGGGCCACACUUGGCGAAUUGUACCACAACAUCGCCAAUAAGAGUGACUCCCACGCCUUCCCUGCGGGGUUAUGCCCUAGCGUGGGCGUGGGGGGCCACAUCAGCGGUGGUGGCAUACGGCCUAGCGGACGCAAAAAUCAUGAAUGCGAAAGGCGAGAUCCUCGACAGGGAAUUGAUGGGCGAGGAUCUUUUCUGGGCCAUCAGAGGAGGGGUGGGGCCAGCUUCGGCAUCAUACUCGCGUGGCGGGUCCAGCUCGUCCGAGUCCCUCCGUUGGCCACGAACACCCAAAACAAGCCAAUAUUCGCACGUGUCUACUUCAAUUCCCUCUUCCUCGGAAAUGCAAAAGAUUUAUUAGAAUUGAUGAACACAAAUUUCCCAGAAUUAGGGUUACAAGAGGCGGAUUGCGAGGAGAUGAGCUGGAUCAACUCAACUCUCUACUUCUCUUCCUACACAAACCAGCCCUUGGAGAUUCUUCUGAAUAGGACAAUGAAGUAUAAGGUCAACAGCAUGAAGGGGAAAUCGGACUUCGCCACGGUGCCUUUACCAAAAUCCGCGUACCACGGGAUCAAUGAGCGGCUGGUGAAGGAGAACUCGGAAAGGGAAUUUGUUCAACAUAUAUGGGAUGAGGGCGAAAAGGAGAAGAAACAUUUGAAGUGGAGUAGGGAGAUGUAUGAUUUCAUGGAGCCAUAUGUUUCGUCUUCGCCGCAAAGGGCUUACUUGAAUUAUAGGGAUCUUGAUUUAGGGUUUCAGAAGAAGGGCGAACGGAGCUAUUCGCGAGCUAUUGGUUGGGGGGAGAAGUAUUUUAAUGGGAAUUUUGAGAGAUUGGCCAAGGUCAAGAAGAUGGUUGAUCAAGAUCAUUUCUUUGGAGAUAUGCAAAGCAUUCCUCCAAUUUCUUAA